CACUCUGAGGACUGCCAGCCAUGCCGCGGCACAGACAGGGCAAGAGGUCGUCUGCCAACCAGCCCUCCAUCAGCCGCUUCUUCCUGCCCCAGGCCGCCCCGCAGCUGAGAGAGUCUCACGAGGAACCAGUUUUAAAGAUAUCAAGGAGCCAUGAAGGAAGUGGAGGUAAAGAGAUUACUGCAAAACAUACAGGACAAAAUAGUGAAAAACCAGUAAUCUCCCAUAACACCCUGAAUAAACUAAGAGAGUUCUGCAGUGAGUCCGGGAGAGAAGAUGGUUCAUGUCAUCAGUUUAAGAUGCAAGAAUGCUUGGCCCCCUGGCCUGAAUUUAGAGAUGGGAUCAUUAAACUGGAAAGUGUGAGUCAAGAUGUAGAUUCCUCCUCAAAUCAUGGGGAGGAAAAAUCAAGAUUUGUCAAGAUUUCUUCUACAAAAACACGUGAAAAGUCAACAAAUCCAGAAAUAAAGUCUCACAAUCGAAGAACAAAAAGCAUAUAUACACCACUGGAAGAACAAUAUUUGGAAAUCAAAAUACAAAACAAGGAUGCAGUAUUAUGUGUGGAAUGUGGCUACAAAUACAGGUUCUUUGGAGAGGAUGCAGAGAUCGCAGCCCGAGAGCUGAAUAUUUUUUGCCAUCUUGACCACAACUUUAUGACGGCAAGCAUUCCUACGCAUCGUUUGUUUGUUCAUGUCAGGCGACUUGUUGCCAAAGGUUAUAAGGUCGGGGUAGUGAAACAAACAGAAACUGCCGCAUUGAAAGCCGUUGGAGACAACAAAAGUUCCCUCUUCAGCAGACAGUUAGCUGCACUCUAUACAAAAUCCACACUCAUUGGAGAAGAUGUCAGCCCAUUGAUGAAUCUAGAUGACUCACUUGAUUCUGAUUCUGUAAUAACAGAUGUCCCGAACAGCUAUCUUUUGUGCAUAUUUGAAAAAAGUGAUGUGGCUAAAUAUAAGAAGUCUGAUGUGUGCGUCUUCGGUUUAGUGGCAUUGCAGCCUUCAACAGGUGAAGUGAUAGUUGAUAGCUUCCACGACUCGAAAUCGCGCUCCGAGUUGGAGACAAGGAUAUUACGCUUGCAGCCCGUGGAAAUCAUCCUCCCUUGUGAGAUUUCAGCUCAAACUGAAAGUCUGAUCAGAAGCAUAACUGUUGCCAGUUUACGAGAUGAUGACCGGAUCCGGAUUGAAAGAGUGGAAAACCAUCAUUUUGAGUACAGUCACGCUUUUCAGCUUCUUAGUGAGUUCUAUGGACAUGAUGCUCCGGGUACAAUAGGUUCUCAACGAUUGCACCAAAUACUGAAUUUCGAUAAAGCUGUGAUUUGUUCCUUAGCUGCUGCCCUCAGGUAUCUCAAAGAAUUUAAUCUGGAGAAGAUUCUUCUAGACCCCAGUAAUUUUACACAAAUGGCCAGUAAAAUGGAAUGCUUUACGAUAAAUGGUACCACCCUCAAGAAUCUUGAAAUUUUACAAAACCAAACUGACCUCAAGACAAAGGGCAGCCUUAUUUGGGUGCUGGACCAUACUAAAACAUCAUUUGGGAAAAGAAAACUGAGGCAGUGGGUGACACAACCACUCCUUAAUUCAAGUGACAUUAAUGCACGACUUGACGCUGUAUGUGAAAUCAUGCAAUCAGAGAGUAAUGUUUUUAGUGAAAUUCGCACCUGUUUCUCGAAGAUGCCUGAUCUGGAGAGAGGAUUAUGUAGUAUUUAUCAUAAAAAGUGCUCCCCUCAGGAAUUUUUUGUGAUAGCCAGUACAUUGUGCUAUUUGGACAGUCACGUUGAAGCACUGAUUCCCGCCAUAAAAUCCCAAGUUAAAUCCUCUUUGCUGCAGAAUAUCUUCCUCGACAUCCCACAGAUGCUUAGCCCUGUACGAAAGUUUGCAAAGGUCUUAAAUGAAGAAGCUGCAAAGACUGGAAACAAAACGGAAUUGUUUAAAGACCUCACAGUUUUCCCAAAUAUAAAGCAAAGAAAGUUGGAGAUCGAGCAGGUGAUUUCACAGAUACACCGGCAUCUGGGUGAUAUUCGUAAAACCUUAAAGAACCCGUCUGCGUGUUAUACGUCUGUAUCUGGACAAGAGUUUUUGAUAGAAGUUAAGAAUUCACUUUUGGCUACUGUUCCUUCCAACUGGGUUAACAUCUGCAGUACAAAAGCUGUCAGCCGUUUCCAUUCUCCCUUUAUUGUAGAAAAUUACAGACAUCUGAAUCAACUUCGGGAGCAGUUAGUCCUUGACUGCAAUACUGAAUGGCUACACUUCCUUGAUGAAUUUGGAGAGCAUUAUCACUCCGUUUCUAAAGCAGUUAAUCACUUAGCAACUGCAGACUGCCUCAUGUCUUUGGCUGAAGUGGCAAAACAAGGUGAUUACUGCAGGCCAUUUGUACAUGACAGUGGAAGUCAGAUAAAUAUAAAAAAUGGCCGCCAUCCUGUGGUGGAUUUGUUAUUGGAAGAACAAACUCAGUAUGUCCCUAAUAGUACUAACCUCAAUGCAGAACAAGAAAGAGUAAUGAUUAUCACAGGUCCGAACAUGGGUGGAAAAAGCUCCUACAUCAAACAAGUUGCUCUGAUCACCAUUAUGGCGCAGAUUGGCUCGUACGUUCCCGCAGAAGAAGCCGCCAUAGGUGUUGUGGAUGGAAUUUACACCAGAAUGGGAGCUGCAGACAACAUAUAUAAAGGUCGAAGCACGUUCAUGGAAGAGUUGUCGGAGACUGCAGACAUAAUAAAGGCUGCAACAUCUAAGUCGCUUGUUAUAUUGGAUGAGUUGGGAAGAGGCACCAGUACCCAUGAUGGAAUAGCUAUUGCCUAUGCCACACUUGAAUAUUUUAUAAGAGAUGUUCAGUCACUAACACUUUUUGUUACACAUUACCCUCCAUUGUGUGAACUGGAAAAGACAUACCCGGCACAUGUUGGUAACUAUCACAUGGCAUUCUUUCUUGAUGACGGGGAGAGUUUAGACAAUGAAUCUGUUGUUGUACAGCAUCCAGAGUAUAUUACAUUUUUGUACCAGAUAACCAAAGGGAUAGCUGCAAGGAGCUAUGGACUGAAUGUUGCUAAACUGGCAGAUAUCCCAGAGGAAGUUUUAAAGAAAGCAGCUUGCAAAUCAAAAGAGCUCGAGCUACUAGUCAACACGAGAAGAAAGAAAAUGAAAACAUUUCAAAAGGCUUGGAAUAUCUUUUGUUCUGCAGAACUUGCAGAAUUGCUGGAGGCAACAGAGUGAAGAAAAUAAAACCCUGAAAGCCUUGAAGAGUCGGUGUUACUGUGUAAAUCACGAUAAAAGAAAUAGUUGUUAACCCGCAGAUGUCAACAUGGGCUCUCCUAAUCUGAAAAUGUGGUUAUUUUAUAGAACACUUAAAUCCAUCAUCUCACUGCUUAUUAUAUGUAACAUCAGCUCUCGAUCUUUAUUUUAUUCCGUUGUGUUCGUCUAUGUAUUUUCUUUUGCAUCCUGUGUUGCAGAGAGCUGUUCUGGAUCAAUAGAGAAGACACAGAUCAUUCUGAGAAAUUGUAAAAAGAAGAAAUGGCAGCUCUCUAUAGAUUUAUUGUGCACUGGCCACAGGAAGGUCAGACCUUAGUAAAUACCAUUUUAAAUGGGCUCCAAUUAACCUGCCAUGUUAAAGCAUUUUAAUCCUCUGCUUCUAGUCAUUAGAUGCAUGCUGUGUCUGUAAAAGGUCAUGCGUCAGCAUCUAGUAUCACGUGUGAUGGCUAAACAUGGAACCGAUAACUCAGCUUUGCUCCAGCAAACAUCAUUUACAGCGUGAUUAUAAAAAAAUAAUACACUGAUUACCUUACGGUUGGCUUUAGGUCAUUAUGGCAUUAAGUAGCCCAGAUAUUAUGUAAAUAAAAGUGUGUAAAGGAAAGCUCUGAGUUAAUUUACUGGUAUUCAGAGUUUAGACACUUAUUGAAUAUGCUUGGCUAGCCCAAGACAUUGUACAAGAAUGAAAUGAUUUUUAUUUUAGUAAAUCCAUUUAAGUAGGAGAGAUACAUCUGUACUUCA